AUGCAAAUGGGACCUCCGCCACCAUUUUUUAUGGGAAAUCCAGAAAUGCCACCAACUGGUCCGAUGGGAUUUGAUCCAACAUAUCAAGGUGGCCAACCUAUGCGUAGAAUGAUGCGUCCUACAGGAAUGCCGGGAGGGAUGCCCGGUAUGGCAACACGUAUGCCACCAACAAUGCCUGGUGGUAUGCCUGGUGGGAUGCCCGGAAUGCCACGAGGGAUGCCCGGAAUGCCUGCGGGAAUGGUUGGCCGUGGACGUGGGAUUGCAAUGGACGAAAGAUCCGAUUUCCAUGAUUGGGAACAUUCACCACCCCCAGACGCACCGUAUUCUCAUAGGAUGCGACCAUCUUUCCGACCUAACGCACCGCCUACGGGGCCUGCCGAGCAGUCACAUCAUCGUAAUCUUGUUUCAUCUGUUGAUAGCCCUAGUUCUGAUCGUGGCGAAGAAGAAAAUAGGA